AUGUGCACUAAAUUAAAUUUAACUAAUUCUAAUUCCAAUGUAAUGCUCUAUCUCAAAUUAAGAGAAAGUGGUUGUGAUAAAGUUUAAGCUCGUUAAUUUUGUCGAAAGAAUUUUUGUAAAGUAAAAAUUUAUUUUUUAUAUUAAAGAUUGAUUAAACAUAGAAAUCUGUUGGACCACCUGGACAUAAAGUUCUCAAAUUACAUCCAAAUCGUUUACAAGGAGAUAAAGGAUGGCAACCAGGAUUUAUGAUGAAAUAUGAUCUUGGUAGUGGUUAUAGGGACUCUAAAGGUUUUAUAUAUAAAUUAAAUAUUAGAUUUGAUUGAAGAAUCAACUCCAGCUGAAGAAGCUAUUUUAAAAUAAUAUGAUAAGUAUGAAAAAAAGAAGAAUGCUGUACUUCUAUAGAAAAUGCUCGCUGUUAAAAAUUAUGCCGAUUCCUUAAAACCUCCUAAAAUUGAUGUCUUCAGUAAAGAUAGUAUAGAAAGGAUAAGAAAAAUAUCUUAGGAAUUAUAUGAAAAUUAAUAAAAACCUAAGAAAUACUUCUAAUAAGGAGAUAUGAAGUUCUAUGCAUUGGCUGAUUAUAUUUCAACUCAUCGUUCUGGUUCAUUAAAUGAUUUGAGAAUAAAUUUUGAUCCUAUUGUAAACACUUAAAUAAAAUUAAAAACUGAAAAUUCAUAAUACUUAAGUCCAAAUAAAAUCUUCAAAAGAUAAAUAACAAUAAGUACAAUAGAGAAAGGGGCUAAUUUAAUAAUGGCUUUUUAAAAUUAAACACCUAUUAAUGAAGAAUUGGAUACAAAAUCAUCAAAUCAAAAUAAUGAAGUAGUGGCUUCCUAACUUUUAAAACAUAAUAAUCAUAAAUUAGAAUUGGCAGAAGAAUUCAAUUCAUCUCAAUAUUUAUUUACUCCAUCUAGUGCUCAUACAAGACAACCAAGUUAAGUUGAUUAGAAUGAUGAAGCAGUUAAGUGUUUUGUAUAAUAAUUUUAUGAUAAACAAUACAAUGAUAAAGUUAUUCCCUCAACUAAAAGGAAUCUAAGAUUAAGAACCUUAGAAAAUAGUGGAAUUCAGAAAAAAGAGCCUUAAAAAUAAAUAAAAAAAUAAGGUAAAAGAUAAAGUAUGUGAACU